CCCAGCUACGCCAACUUUCAAACUCAAUUAAUUGACCUCUUCCGCACAAACCCCUAGGAAAAUGGCUCAUUCAUUCCAUCUCCAUCAUCCAUUACAGCGAUGGCCCAGUCCUUCCAGGGGCCUUUCUGCUCUGGUCCAUGCAACGGGUCUGGUGAGCUUCUUUUUGUCUUUCAAAUACAUGCAUGAGAACCCCAACCAAGCAAAUGAGGCAUACGGCUGGCACUUCCAGUAUCUCACCGUCAUUGGGCUAAGCCUGUCGACACUGACAUUCAUCAUGGCCUUCCUCGCUGAUGUGACAAUGUCACGGCGACUGUUUUUGAUCAAGAACCUCAUGUCGGUGUGCUGUGCUCCUCUGGAGGUGCUAAUCAGUGUGCUCUACUGGGGUUUGCGCUUAAUCGAUGAACGUCUAGUGCUCCCGGAAUGGGCCGUAAUCCCACUACAUGCUGAUCUCGGCUUCCAUGCAGUCCCGUCCAUUGUGAUGUUGGUGGAUCUUUUGCUACUCUCCCCACCUUGGACCAUUUCUGCACUGCCCUCUUUGGGCUUGUCUGGCACCAUUGCCUUUGGAUACUGGUUCUGGGUCGAGCAAUGCUUCUCAUAUAAUGGCUGGUACCCAUAUCCCAUCUUUGAACAGUUGUCCACUUUUGGACGAAUUGGUCUCUUUACUAUGAGUGCUAUUGUGAUGGCCUUGAGCACUGUCACCUUGAAGCGGCUGUAUGGUCAUGUGAAUGGCUUUGGCAACGAUUUGCCUCCUCAAUCUCGCCCGGGUGAUAUCAAAAAGACGGAGGGAGUUGAAGUCGACUGCCUCUAAGGACAUAAAUUAGAAUUGUGGAUUAGAUGAAUGAAAAUCCAUUUCGUCUGAGAUUAUCUUCAAU